AUGUCUGAACAAAAUAGUUCAUCCUCAUCAUCCAACGAUAAAAAUAUGAAAUUUUAUCGUAAAUUAUCACCAUCACCAAUUAAAUGUAUUCCAUUUUCACAAAAAUUAGACUAUAUUUCAUUAUAUCCAAAAAUGAUUCGACCUCGAUCACCAAAAAUUAAAACAAUACCAGCCAAACGUUUUUGUUCAUUUUUUAUUACAGACAUAUUGAAGGAGGAGAGUAAUGAUACAUCAUCAAUUAACAGUCAACAGGAUGAUAUUAGCAAUAAUAACAGUAAUAAUGUAUCGACAUCAAUGACAAUCAAUAGAGAUGAUAGUGAAAAUAAUGACGAUAGUGAUAGCGAAUCCGAUUUGGGAGGAACAAGUGCCUCUGAUGGAUCGAUUAAAACUAAAAAACCACGUAAAGCGCGAACAGCUUUCACUGAUCAACAAUUGAAUUGUCUAGAGAAAAAUUUUGAAAGACAAAAAUAUUUGAGUGUUCAAGAACGUAUGGAACUAGCAUCCCGAUUAAAUUUAUCAGAUACACAAGUUAAAACAUGGUAUCAAAAUAGAAGAACAAAAUGGAAACGUCAAGCAGCGGUUAGCCUAGAAUUUCUUGAACAAGGAAAUAUAGCAUCCGUUCAUCGUUUAUUACAACAUGGUCCAUUAUGGUAUAGUCCAUAUUUGAAUACAGACGCUUUUUAUACACAACGAGCAUUAGUAUGCAGUCGUUUAUCACAACCAAUCUCAACAACGGGAAUACCUUUAAGCAGAGAAGUAUCAUCAAAUCAACAAAAAUAA